AUGGCACAGAAAGGAGCUCAGCUGGACCAUUCGGUUAUUUCUUGUUCGAUCUGUCUGGAUCUGCUUAAGGAUCCGGUGACUAUUCCCUGUGGACACAGCUUCUGUCUGAUCUGUAUUGAAACUUACUGGGAUCAACAAGAUGAGAGGAGAGUCUUCAGCUGUCCUCAGUGUAGACAGACCUUCAGACGGAGGCCUGUCCUGAAGAAAAACACCAUGUUCGCAGUUUUGGUGGAGGAGCUGAAGAAGACUGGACUCCAACCUGCUCCUGCUGAUCACUGCUAUGCUGGACCUGAAGAUGUGGCCUGUGACGUCUGUCCUGGGAGGAAACUGAGAGCCGUCAAGUCGUGUCUGCAGUGUCUGGCCUCUUACUGUGAGAACCACCUUCAGCCUCAUUUUGAAGCAGCUCCAUUGAAGAAGCACAAGCUGGUGGAGCCCUCCAAAAACCUCCAGGAGAACAUCUGCUCUCGUCAUGAUGAGGUGAUGAAGAUGUUCUGUCGUACUGAUCAGAAGUCUAUCUGUUAUCUCUGCUCUGUGGAUGAACAUAAAGGCCACGACACAGUCUCAGCUGCAGCAGAAAGAGCUGAGAAGCAGAGAGAUCUGGAGGUGAGUCAAAGAAACAUCCAGAAGAGAGUUCAGGACAGAGAGAAAGAUGUGGAGCUUAUUCAACAGAAAGUGGAGGCUAUCAAUCGCUCUGCUGAUAAAGCAGUGGAGCAAAGUGAGAAGAUUUUCACUGAGCUGAUCCGUCUCAUGGAGAAAAGACGAUUUGAUGUGGAGCAGCAGGUUAGAUCCUAG